CGGCGGGUCAGACCCCUCACGUGGCCUUUGUCAAUAUGCUAUUUGAGACGGAGAGCGAUACGCAGAAGCUGAAAACACCCGGCCGAUUUCUGUCCCUCCUUUUCCUGCCUGUGUGCGCCUCCGCCUGAUUCGGGUGAUGUGAUAACUCAGAGAGACGGCGCCGUCCGAGCCUGCCUUCUGCGAGACCCGUCCGGCCCAGGACGGGAGGCACAGAGCCCGGGAUGGCCAGUCAGCCGCCAGAGGAGGCGGCCGAGUCUCAGGUCUCGGACGAGCUGGAGUGUAAGAUCUGCUACAACCGGUACAACCUCAAACAGAGGAAGCCCAAGGUGCUGGAGUGCUGCCACCGGGUGUGUGCCAAAUGCCUGUGCAAGAUCAUCGACUUCGGGGACUCCCCGCACGGCGUCAUCGUCUGCCCUUUCUGCAGGUUCGAGACGUGCCUGCCUGACGACGAAGUCAGCAGCCUGCCCGACGACAACAACAUCCUGCUGAACCUGACCUGCGGCGGCGGCAAAGGCAAGAAGUGCCUGCCGGAGAACCCCACCGAGCUGUUGCUGACCCCCAAGCGGCUGGCCUCGCUGGUCAGCCCCUCGCACGCGUCCUCCAACUGCCUGGUCAUCACCAUCAUGGAGGUGCAGCGGGAGAGCUCGCCCUCGCUCAGCUCCACGCCCGUGGUCGAGUUCUACCGGCCCUCCAGCUUCGACUCGGUGACCACCGCCGUGUCGCACAACUGGACCGUGUGGAACUGCACGUCCCUGGUCUUUCAGACGUCCGUCCGGGUGCUGGUGUGGUUGCUGGGCUUGCUCUACUUCAGCUCCUUGCCCUUGGGCAUCUACUUACUGGUCUCCAAGAAGGUCACGCUGGGGGUCGUCUUCGUCAGCCUGGUCCCCUCCAGCCUCGUCAUCCUGAUGGUGUACGGCUUCUGCCAGUGCGUCUGCCACGAGUUCCUAGACUGUCUGGCACCGUCCUCUUAAGCGAGACUGGUGCCAAGAAGUCCGACACCCCUUGCCACGUGUCCAGUUAGGUCACUUAGCCUUUGUUUUCUAUCACAGUCUCUGUGAUCGGCGCCCGUGGCGUGAACAGAGCCCGUGGGCAUAUGUCUAUGGUCCGUUUUCCAUCCAAAUGUUGACUGGGUGGGUUUUCCCGUAUGCUGGAAGUAACACGUGCGUUUCUACUUACGUGUUAGCAAAGAGACAGGGAUCAGCUCAGCCUUCUAGGGCUUUCCUCCUGAGUCUUCCCAGAGACAGGGCAGCUGCCGCUCAGAGCUGCUAGUCGGACCCCGGGGCCUGACGUGUUGUGCCGCUGCAGCCGGAGUCUUUGUGGACGGUUAGGCAUGAACUGGUUCCUCUUAUCAUCUUAGCCUGGGAUGGAGGGUAGACCCAAGAAGGGGGGCAGCCCCAGGGCACACCCAUUUGCACAGUGCACACCCCUGCCCCCGGCCCACGGUUGGCACUUCCCUGGAUCCUUUCCAGUUCAGAUGCUGGUCCCUCCGUGCGAGGUACUUGCCAAGAGGAACCCGGCCUCUUGCGUGGUUUCAGUUAUAAGCAUGUUUUGUCACAGUACUAUAGAGAGUUUAAAACGCCGAGGAAUCUGCAUCAGUAAACCUCAAGGCAGAGUGUGGCCACUCAUUUUGGACACACACCCUUUUUUUCUCCAUGUUUAUUUUCCGCUCUCCAGCUUUCUCUGAAAUUCUCUCAGAGCAGUUAUUGUUCACGGAGACCCAAUUGGAGCUUUUCCUUAAAGCAUUUUAGCUUAGUUUCUUCUUCUUUUUUUUAAAACCACGUUGUUCAUUCAGCACCACCCUUUAUCCUGGAUGGGGUUCCAUUUAAAUUAGUUGCUAUAACUGUAUGUGGAUUUCAAUUAUUUUUUCCCAUUUCAUUUUAAAUUCUAGUAUGGACUCACUUAACUUAAUCCUGUAACAAUUUGGCGUAAAUUGUGGCAGCGGAAACCCAGGAACAGUUCAGGAGCUGUUCCAGCUCAUGGUUUGAUGUGCUGAGAACUGGAGUAUUUUGCUGUGUUCUAAUGAGCUGUACCAAAAUAUAAUGGCUUAGGUUUAUGUGCAGUAGCUCAGGCAAAAGGAUGGGCAAGAGAGAUGUCAAGCUGAUGCCCUUCAAGGGAGUCCAUAACAAAAUGGAAGGGCAGAGUGCAAUCUACCAUUCUGCCAUCCCUGUUAAGUCCCUUUUAGAAUGGAUUCAAGUUCUCAUGCAAUUUAUUUCAAAUAAAAGCAUAAGCUUAUGUGACUUGAGUUAAUGAACUUCUUUUCGUGAGAUGGGGGACAUUGAAUGUAUAUAUUUAUGAGAAGAAAUUGGUUAGCAGAUUUUAGGUUUGAGGGAACAGAAUGCCCACAGAAAGUAGCCCCCCCCCCCCCGAAAAAAAAACUUUUUUAGCUUAAAACGCAUUACUGAUGAUAAACAUUUAAAUAUUCAUAGCUCUUAGAAAAGGGCAUUACUAAGGCUACUUUACUUAUUUGUGAUGAAACAUUUGGUGGGUGAAAGACAGUGGACCUUUCCAAUCUCUCUGUUCAGGAAAAAUUGAUACUUUUCUAGACCAGUAGUUUGAUUUUAAUUCUGUAACUGUUAACUUGGAGACUAUGUAUGCCCCGGGUAGAUAUGAUGGGAAAGUAUAUGUGGGAUGUGGCCCAAUGAAUUUAAGCCCCGAUAUAGCCCAAUACACUUAUAAUUUCCUGAAAUCUAGUUUAGAUGGCAUUGUGAAUGCAAUUUCCAAAUAUCCAUUUGUACUUAGAGUAAGUGUAAUGUUUAGGAGGUGUUUUGUGGCUUGGGUUUAUAUAUUUAUAAGGUUUUUUAAAAAGCGUUCAUUUUGCCUGAAAUGUAACGUCAGAUGAAUUGGUGAGUUGUCAGAGGGCGAGAUUUCUAGAAGGCUCUGGAUGUGGGCACUAUGUAUUUUGCUUAUUUGUGUAAGGUCCGCAGUGCUCAGUUUGUGUCUCUGUAUUGCGGUAGUCUUUUUUUUUUUUUCUUCCCAGUUGCCAGUAAGUUAAUUUGGUGUUAACCAGUUUUAAAUGUAUGAUAACAAAAAACCCUUCAUGAUGUUGAAUGAAAAAAGGACAGUGCUUCAGUCUUUUAUUUAUUGUGGUGAUGUUUUAUUUGUCCAUUAAAUUGUUGUUAUUUCCAAGCUAGAAGUCUGAUUUUUCUGACUGAUGGUUGAAAUUCAAUCAUUUUGGACUUCGUUUAACAUUAGAUAAUUGUACACUUGAGCUUUCAAAGACAUUGGUUAAGCUAAUGCCUUUAUUAUACAAAUAAAGAUUCUAGAAC